AUAAACUCUCCCUUUCUCAACUUAUUCCAUUAUCCCAACUCUCACAUCUGAUAACUGAAAAGCCAAGGUUUGAUGGGUAGCAAAACUCUUACCAACCUUCUUCUCUUGUUACUAAUUACAGGUGCACACUCUGAGGUAACGUUCAACUUCGAAAACCAAUGCACUUACACAAUAUGGCUUGCUGCCAGCCCUUCAAUUGGUGAUGCUGAUCCUGAGAGCGGUCCGGGAACCUUGGAGCUAUUCUCAAUGCCUGAUCAAUGGAGUGGAAGCAUUUGGGCUAGGACAAAUUGUGCCUACGAUGUCUCCUAUUUUUCAUGUGAAACUGGGGACUGUGGUUCUGGCACCAUAGACUGCCAAUCCCCACCACCCACUUAUCCGGUGACCUUACUCAAUUUCGACAUCAAACAAUCGGUGGUCUCCUAUGAAGUGAGCUUGAACCACGGGCACAACCUGCCCGUCCGGAUCCAACCGGAUGGCGGGUCUCUGCUUGGAGGAAUAGGUUUGUGCCCUGUUGUAGAUUGCAUUGAAGAUGUGAGUAACGUGUGUCCGGGUAGCCUAGUGGCCAAGAACAAGGAUGGUCGAUAUGUCGGGUGUUACAGUGCUUGUGAUGGUUUGAAGGAUCCAAAAUAUUGCUGCACUGGGAACUAUAGCAGUCCACAGGCUUGCCAGCCUAAUGAGUACUCCCAAACGUUCAAGCAAUUAUGCAAACUUGCCCACACCUAUCCACGUGAUAAUGAUCCUCCAAUUUAUAGAUGCUCCAGGGCAACCAGCUACAAUAUAACCUUUUGUCCCUCAUAAACUUCACAUGCCAGAAAUCCUUGAAAUUGAGGCAUUGGUAUUGUUGGAAAUGACCAUUUCAUAAAGAAAUAAAACAA